AUGGGGCAGGGAGCAGAAGGCAUAGCAUAGGAGUUGCAGCAGCCCAUAUUCUUUAAUACCAACGACCAUUAUGAUGAAUAGGAAUCUAAGGGAAUCGCUGGUGAACGGAGAAGGGAAGAGUUGCAUUAAUUUGAAUAAUAAGAACAUGUCGGCGGCGGCGGCCUCCCAUCAUCACCGCGUUGGUAGAAGUUUGAACGCUGGAUUAUUCCCCAGGGAUUCGGACGAGAAUUUGGAUCUUUUCUCAAAGAGCCGCCGCAGCCUCUCCGUCGCCUCCUCCGAUGAAUCAUUCUACGUAUCGAUGAAACUGGGAAGAGUAUCAAAUGGAUCAGCAAAGGUGAAGGCUGGAAUCGAUGAUCUACUUUCUUCUACAGAGGAAGGAAAGCAUGAUUAUGACUGGCUUCUAACUCCUCCCGGAACUCCACUUUUUCCUUCAUCUGAAGGGUCAGAAUCUCAGUCAACUUCACUUGCUCCAAGAAGCAAUCCAAAAGUUAGAUCAGUUUCAACCACGAAGGCUUCAAGGCUUUCGAUUUCUCAUUCUGAAAGCAAUCAUGCCUCAAGACCAGCAAGAAGCAGUUCAGUAACUCGACCAUCUCUCUCGUCUUCAUACAGUAACUAUUCUUCAAACACGGGUAGUUCAAUUCUCAGUACAAGCUCGGCUUCUUUGUCAUCUUAUACUAGACCAUCCUCUCAUAUUACCCGCUCAUCAUCUGCGGCAAGACCUUCAACCCCAUCUGCACGCUCAACACCAUCACGGCCCUCAACUCCUUCAAAAGUUCGUCCAUCUCCCACCAGCUCUUACAUUGAAAGGAGUAGACCGUCACAAAGUUUACGGCCAACAACUCUAAUUUCUAGCCCCCAAAUCCCUGCAAACUUGAACUCAACAUCUGUUCGUUCAAAUUCUCGCCCAUUGACUCCCACACGUCGGAAUCCGGCAUCGUCUCUAUCUUCACCAGCUAGUCCUUCACUUUCUACUGGGCGCAUUGUUUCAAAUGGUCGCACUUCAGCUCCAUCAUCUCGACCAAGCUCCCCGGGUCCACGAGUCCGGCCGCCACAACAGCCAGUUGUACCCCCAGAUUUUCCGCUUGACUCACCACCAAACCUUAGAACAACUUUGCCCGAGAGGCCUAUCUCUGCUGGUAGGUCUAGGUCUGGUGCUUCUGCCACCGUGAAGGCAAACCAAGAUACUUGUAGCUCUAUAAAUAUGCCAAGACGACAUUCGUCGCCAAUUGCCGCUAGAGGAAGACUAACUGAUCCUCCUGGAAGGGCUCGAGUCCAUUCCAACGGGCAUUCAUCUAGCAUACAUGAAUCACGGAGGAUCUCACAUGUCUCAGAUUUAGCUAUGCGGAAACCGGUAAAGUCUUCAACAACCACUGCAGAUGGCACAGGAUUUGGAAGGAAUAUCUCAAAAAAAUCACUGGAUACGGCUAUCAGGCACAUGGACAUAAGAAACGGUUCAGUAAACAUCCGUUCCCUUUCAGGCACAACUCUUUUCCCUCAGAGUAUCCGAUCUGCACCUGCCAAAACCCAAUUACUUCGUUCCGACUCUUUCAAUAGCAACGGAAGCGCCAGUAGCUUGAGAAAUGGAGAAUACUCUGAGAACGGAAAUAGCAUUCUUAGUGCCGCAGAGAACGGAAGUGACGCCCAUGAUGUACGAUACUCAACCAAAUUAAGCGAGGUGGACAUCUAUGAGAGCUCCCGUUAUGAUGCAAUGUUGCUAAAAGAGGACUUGAAGAAUAUUAAUUGGUUGCAUAGUAUCGACGAUAAAUCAGAUCAAGGAUCCAUCUUCGAUAAUGGAUUUGAGUCACUGCCUGAACCGUUCGGGCUAUUAUAACAUCUAAUUAUUUGGUUACUUCGCAAGAAUGUGAUAAGACGGCCUUUACCAUUGAAAAUGAGGAGUGAAGAAAGCAGAACAUUUUUUUUUUGCAAA